AUGACAGCAGACCUAGCUUCCAUGCACGACCCCAAUAGCGCCGCCUACAAAAAGGCUCGUCGGAAGUACAAUAAGUCGACAAAGGCUCGCCCCGAUACUGCUGAUCUCGAAUGGACACCGUUCCGCGCGGCGGAGAAGAGGUUCAAGGCGCGGUUUCCGCCGCCAGAUCUCAGGGAAGAUGUCAUAGAUCUGGCUCUGCUCGAGGACGAAGGCGAGGGAGAGAGGAGGGAAGAAAUCGAGGCUGGAUGGUGGAGGGGCCGGCUACCACACGAGGAAGAGGUCGUAGAGGUCGGCUUGGAGGGCAGGAGAGGGUACGCGUUUCCGUCGAUUCCUGGGCUGGUUCUCCUUCCGAACUUUAUCUCCAAACGGCAGCAGAGAGACCUGAUACGCUGGGCCCUACGCGAUCAUGCCCGUCCACCAAACGUCACCAAUCUCGACACGCACUACGAUAUGCCUGAGUUCGGCCUCUGGAAUACGUCUGUUUACUCUCCGGAUGAAGUCGUGCGGCCUCUUGCUGCGACUUCAACCUCAUCAUCGACCGAAUCAUCAGGCCCACGCCCGCUAAUUUCCAAUACACCCGCUUCACCCGGUACUCUCUCCGAACUCAUCGCUGUACCCAAACCUCCCCCUCCACCAAGCUCUAGUGUACCGGCUCUCCCGGCAUCUUCGCUACUCUACAAGCUCCGCUGGGCGAACAUUGGAUGGUUCUACCACUGGACGUCGAAGAUGUACGAUUUCAGCAAGGGGAAGGUGGAGGUUGAUGAGCGCGUACGCGCACUAUGCAAGAGUGCGGUGGGUUCUGUCAAGUGGAACAACGUAUUCGGUGAUGAUGAGGAGGGCGACCAAUGGGACGGCGGGAAAGCAGAUUGGGAUAUGUGGGAUGAGACGUACGAGCCCGACGCCGGCAUCGUAAACUACUACCAAGAGAAAGACACCCUCAUGGGCCACGUCGACCGAUCCGAAGUUUGCGCCACAUCACCGCUCGUAUCGGUCUCCUUGGGAAACGCGGCCGUCUUUCUCAUCGGCGGGCAAACACGCGAUGUCAAACCUACACCGAUCCUGCUGAGGAGUGGAGAUGUGGUUAUCAUGAGCGGUCCUCGGUGUCGGCGAGCGUAUCAUGGUGUACCCAGAAUUUUGGAAGGCACAUUGCCUAAACAUCUGAGUGAGGGCUCUCAGGACGAAGAUGUUGACUGGGCGCCGUAUGCCAAGUAUAUGCGCACGACGCGCAUCAACAUCAACGUGCGCCAGGUGUUCCCGAAGGGUUUUGUACCUCCAGUGUCAUGA